AGCAUAUGUUUUCUUGAGCUGUAUAAAAAAAAAAACUAAAAAACAACGGCUGUAGAAAGAUGUUACAUCUUAAUAUUUUACGCAAGUUUUCUGCAACUUCGCUUAAAUCAGUAAUUGAUAAAAAUGCUCUUGGUGGACGGAACUUAGUCGAAGCGGUUGCCAUAACAAAAAAUGGUAAAACUGCAGUAGCUUGGCAUCCUGAUCCUUCAUACCCUUACGAGUACACAAAACCAUUGCCAAAUUUCAUUGAAGAGGAUACUUCUCGUAUCGUAAAGGAAGAAUCACUAAGAACAGCUAUGAAUGCUUUUAAGGAAAAAAGACCAGAAGUAGCCCGAGAAGAACUAAUGAGAUUAACACAUACGACUAAGCAUCGCUGGUUCCCAAGAGCACGUGAUAAAAAAGCGAAGAAAACGCCUAUGGAUCGCCCCUACUUGUAAGCAUAAUGAUACUUUAUACAUAGAUUGAUUUAUAAAAAGAUUUGAAAAAUAAACGAGAAGAUCUGAAAUGACCUUUUAAUAGACA